UGGGCGGGGCGGGAGGCGGAGGCGCCGCGUAGGCCGGGGAGUCUGGGCCCGCCCGGCUGGGAGCCUAAGCCCCAUGCACCGCCACCUCCCCCUACGAUGUUCCCCUCCCGGAGGAAAGCGGCGCAGCUGCCCUGGGAGGACGGCAGGUGGGAUAGUUCCCCUUGUCCAUCUCCCCGGUCUCUACCCUACCUCCAGAAAGAGCCCAGAGGGAGAAUCUGUAGAGGGUCCAGCCUUCCCAGGCCACUGUCAGGAUUGGGCUCUGCUCCUCUCCAGCGGAAACCCCCACCACAGGACAAUGGGGGGUCCAGGUUGCUCCCCAGCAGCCUCCCCCGGAAAUGCUCCGUCUUCCACCUCUUCGUUGCCUGUCUCUUACUGGGCUUCCUCUCCCUGCUCUGGCUGCAGCUCAGCUGCUCUGGUGACGUGGCCCGGGCAGCCAGGGGACAAGGGCAGGAGACCCCAGGCCCACCUCGGGCCUGCCCCCCAGAGCCACCCCCUGAGCACUGGGAAGAAGACCUGUCAUGGGGCCCCCACCGCCUGGCGGUGCUGGUGCCCUUCCGCGAACGCUUUGAGGAGCUCCUGGUCUUUGUGCCCCACAUGCACCGGUUCCUGAGCAGGAAGAAGAUCCCGCACCACAUCUAUGUGCUCAACCAGGUGGAUCAUUUCAGGUUCAACCGGGCGGCACUCAUCAACGUGGGCUUCCUGGAGAGCGGCAACAGCACAGACUACAUCGCCAUGCAUGACGUGGACCUGCUCCCUCUCAACGAGGAGCUGGACUAUGGCUUCCCUGAGGCGGGGCCCUUCCAUGUGGCCUCGCCGGAGCUCCACCCGCUCUACCACUACAAGACCUACGUUGGCGGCAUCCUGCUGCUCUCCAAGCAGCACUACCAGCUGUGCAACGGGAUGUCCAACCGCUUCUGGGGCUGGGGCCGUGAGGACGACGAGUUCUACCGGCGCAUCAGAGGAGCCGGGCUCCAGUUAUUCCGCCCCUCGGGAAUCACAACUGGAUACAAGACGUUUCGCCACCUGCAUGACCCAGCCUGGCGGAAGAGGGACCAGAAGCGCAUCGCAGCUCAAAAACAGGAACAAUUCAAGGUGGACCGUGAGGGAGGCCUGAGCACCGUGAAGUACCGUGUGGAUUCCCGCACAGUCCUGUCUGUGGGCGGGGCCCCCUGCACUGUUCUCAACAUCAUGUUGGACUGUGACAAGGCUGCCACCCCCUGGUGUACAUUUGGCUGAGCUGGCUGGACAGUAAGGAAGCCUGUACCUACUCAGGCCCUGGACAAAGCCUCAGGCCCAGGCCCAGCUCCAGUAGAAUGUGGAGUGGCCUGAAGCAGCGGACGGCAAGCUGUGUGUUUGCAGCAGUCCGGCCCCCGGAGGCAGGCCUGAGUCAGGACAGGACACACAGCGUGCCUGGGACGCUGCUAGCAAUAAACAGUGACGGAGAGAGGCUGGGAUGUGGCUCCCAACUGGCACUGUCCACCCUCCUGUUUGCCCUGCUCUGCCCUCCUUUGCGUGCCGAGACCUGCGGGCUUUUGUCCCUUCCCCCGGACUGCCUCGUGCAGAGAGAUACAGUUGGGAGGCCAGGCCACUGACAUGGAUGUCCAGGGCGACUGGGAGGGUUUAACUGCAGAAACCAGACUGCAAGCCUCACAGAAAGGGAACAGCUGAGCAGCCCUAACUGAUUGUCACCGGCCGGUAUGUGGGUCGGAUGGUACCGGAUCUUAUGAUUUUUCAAGAGAAGCUAGAAUUCUGGAUUCUUAAGUGAAAUUACUUAUUAAAGGAUAGCAGCUAAUUGAAACUUUAAAAAAGUAUGGCAGUCCAAACAAAAUGUGUUGUUGACCACCAGUCUGCCACCUUUGGCUGAGGGGAAGGGGAUAGGGCACAAGAUGACACCUCUUAGUUUUGAGCUGCCAAGGAGUUAGGGCAGAGCUGGGGAUGACAAGGGCCUGGGAAGCUCAGGUGGGGGAGAAGCCAAAGGCCCACGGCUCCUGCACCUCCCGCAGCCGUCCAGGCUUCACGGCCCUCUGGGCAUCUGACCACCGCCAGGCUCUGGUGGGCUCUGACUCUCGGAGGAGGCUUCCUCCUUUCUCACUGGGAUGGACAGAAACAGAUCCACAGGACUGGACUUGGGACAGGCAGGAUGCUUUGGCAAUGACUCGGUCCUGGCUUGAGGGAAGGAGGGAGGACCACGUUUCCGAGGCGGAAGGAAGAUGAGAAGUCAGUGAAUUCUCUGAGGGGAGGUUGCCCGUGAUCACCCAAUGCCAAGAAGAGGUGAAGGAGGGGAGCCCAGGAGACUGGGAUUGGAGAGUGAGCUUGGAGGGAACCUCAGGGCCAAUGAGAGAGAGGCCAGGGGCCUGUAAGGUAGAUCAUUUCUUCAAGGCAUUCAAAUGCCAAAGAUUUGGGGCAGAAGUUAGGAGACUAGGGACCAGUUAAGACUGGUUUGUUUAAUAAUAAAUGGGACCCCUGAAAUGCUGGAGGAAGAAUUUGACAUCCCGGAGUUCAGAAGGGUGGAUUCAACAGCUCUGCUCCAAAGAGACUCCUCCUCUGAGGGUGUUCUCAGGGCUGCUGUGUGCAGUUGUGGGGGUUGUGCACUGUGCAACCUAAGCAUAAGCCAAGAGAUUUAAGCAAAGAAGAGUGGAGUCAAGGCUCAGGCUCCAUGUAACUAUUCAGAUGUAUAACAGAGGGUCCUUGUGAUCCUAAAUUGAUUUUGUCCAGUGAUUCAGCUUCACUCACCACAGUGAGGGGCAAACAGACACGGGUGGUGGGUAGGACUUUUCUCAACUUGAGGCCCAGGAGAAGGGAAUGCCAUACUUACUGUGUGCCAGUCUGCUGGACAACCCUGUCACCUUGGACUUACCUAACAUGGAAACAUAACUCCAGCCUCUUGGCAUUGAUGGGAAUGGAUAAGACAUUAAAGCCACCAGCUCUGUACUCA